AGGUCAUGCUUGCCCUGCGGUUUUACGCCUCCGGGAGUUUUUUGGAAGUCAUCGGGGACACCAUGGGUGUAGAUAAGGGGACAGUCAGUAGAGCCGUCAACGAUGUGACAAAUGCACUCAUCGCAAAGAAGGACCAGUUCCUGAAGUGGCCUAUACAGGAAGAUAUGUCAAAGGCAAAGAGAAUUUUUUUCACGCGUGGUGGGUUCCCAGGGGUAAUUGGUUGUAUUGAUGGCACCCAUAUCAGGAUACAGGCUCCCUCAGAUGAUGAACCAACAUAUGUGAACAGAAAGGGGUGGCACUCCAUUAAUGUGCAAGCCAUCUGCGACCAUGAGGGAAAGUUCAUCAAUAUUGAUGCUCAGUGGCCGGGAAGCAGCCACGAUAGCCACAUCUUCCGGGCAUCAGAGGUAUGCGCAUUUUUAGAAAAUACCCACCGUGGAAUUGAAGAUGGAUUUCUUCUCGGUGACAGCGGCUACGCCUGUUCAAAGUUCCUGCUUACACCUUACCUGCACCCAUCAACGCCUGCACAAGAGGCUUACAACUCGGCCCACUGUCAGACACGAACCACUAUAGAACGAGCGUUUGGAUGGUGGAAACGUAGAUUUCAUGUUCUGCAUGGAGAAAUCCGUAUGAAACCAGCUAAAGUAUGCAGUGUCGUUGGAGUCUGUGCAAUUCUUCAUAACAUCGCGUUGAUUCUUAAGGAGGAAAUGGAAGAUGAUGAUGAACAUAAUGACAAUGACGUUGGUCAAUUGAACUAUCAAGGCCCAGAGGACGGACGAGCCAUCAGGAACUUCAUCACGACAAAUUAUUUUUAGACAAGAUGAAGAGUAACAUAAUAUUGAUUAUGGAAUUACACUUGUACAUUAACUGUACCUCAUAAGUAUUGACAUGGGUAGUGAAAAAUAAAACUGUGAAUUUCAUUUAAAAGAUAUUUUUAAUUUAAAU